GGCCCAAGCUGCGGGCCCGAGAGCAGCCAGGGCUGCGCAGCUCCACCGCUGCCGUGGAAGGAACACCUUUGCAGAAGAAGUUAAAGAACCACUCCGCAUGGCUCCCCUCCGCACCCUGGCCUUGCUGUUGAACAGGCGCAGCGUUCCUGGAGAAGCGCGGCAUCUCGAACGCCGCACCUGCCGAGGCGGAGGGCCCCGGGGGUAGAGGGGAGAAGGUGGUGUUCUUUCUACCUCGGGCGUUGGUGCUGCAGAGGUUAUUCCUUAAACCGCUGCCUCCCUGUGGCUGGGAUGGCCCUCCGCGCUCAGACCCGCGGGCGCGCCAGUGCACCGUGCUGCCGACGGCGCCGCGGGGCCGCUCUCGCUGGGGCCGUGCUGCUCGCGGCCGCCGGCGCGCUGGGAGGCGCGGCCUUUGCGAGCCGGGGCAGCCCGGCGGGCGCCGCUGCGCCCCGCAGGGAGGCGCUGGGCGGCGCGGCCGCGGCCCUGCUCGGCGCCGCGGGGCCGCGGGCAGCCCGGGCGGACGCUGCGCCGGAGGAGGGGAUCCAGGCGGCCGCGAGCCGCGGCAAGUUCGUGCCCUUGAUCAGGGAGGGGUACAAGGCGCUCGUCGCCGCGGGCAAGGUCGAGGACGCGUGGGUCGAGGACAAGCUGCCUAAGAUGGCCAAGAGCAUGGAGAUGUGGGCCGGACUGAUGCGAACGGACGUGGCGUCGAUCGGUGCAGUCGAUCAGAUGGCCUUCAACAACCUGAUGCCCGACAAGACGAGCAAGCGCCUCGUCCAGGAAGCCAAGGAUUUCAAGAAGCUUGCCAAGUCCAGAGACUACGACGGAGCCGUGAAGGCGUUCAAGACGUACCUGGAUGACCUUGCCACUACCCCUGGCAAGAUCGACCUGUGAGCUCCUCGGGUGUUCGAUCAUGAGGAGGAGGAAGAGGAGGAGGA